UGGCGCUGUGUGAACACACGCUAGACGGCGCUGUUAACGCGGCUCCCAGCGUCCUACACGGCCUCGGCUAUCCAGGGCGGAACUGGAAACCGCUCACGUGGGGGCGAGGGUACGUAGCGCGUAGCUGCCGCUUUCCGCCGGCCGCGUGGGUUUCCCGGUCCCGGCCGGAGGCUCCCGAGCUCGCCAUGUCCUGGUAGAGGGCCAGGAGUUCCCCGGCGGCCGGACCCCCUCCCCCCCCACCCCCCCACCCCCCCGGCUGGGAAGGGAGCGCCUGCUGUGCCGUCUGCGCCGCACGCCCGGCUGCCGCCGGGAGGCAGGUGUGCGGGACAUGCUGCAGUGGCCGGCUCGCCUGGGGGCCCCCGUCCGGCGCGCUCCGGCUUUUCUCCCGGCGCGGCCCUUCUCUCGGAAGAAGCCUUUCCCGAGGACGCCCCCCUGGAGGGCGGGGCCCCGGCCUGAGCCCCGGCCGGGGGGCGCGGAGCUGCUGCGCCUGCGGGAGGACGACCUGCCCCUGGGCGGGCGGCAGGAGGUGCUGUUUGGGCUGGCUCCCUGUGCCCUGGCGCUGCGGGCCGCCCGGCGGGCCGUGACCCGUCUCCUCCUCCUCCAGGGGCGCGCGGGGUCCGGGGCGCGGGCCGAGCUGGCUCGGGCCGCCGAGGCCCUGGGCGUCCCGGUGCAGCCCAUGCGGCGCCGGGAGCUGGACGCCUUGUGUCGGGGUCAGGUUCAUCAGGGCGUGUGUAUGGAGGUGGCCCCUCUGCUCCCCACGGCCUUUCCGAAGGACGGGGAGGAGGGGCCGGCGGCCCGGCGCCUCUGGCUAGUCCUAGAGGAGAUCCAAGACCCCCGGAACCUGGGCGCCGUGCUGCGCACCGCGCAUUUCCUGGGCGUGGACAAGGUCAUCACCAGCCACACUAACAGUUGCCCCCUGACUCCAGUGGUUAGCAAGGCCAGUGCAGGAGUCAUGGAAGUAAUGGAUGUCUUUGCAACUGAUGAUCUUCCAGGCUUGUUGAAGGAUAAGACUCAACAAGGCUGGCUUGUUGCAGGCACUGUAGGAUGCCCAGGGUCUGGGAUUGUUCAGGGCUCUAACGUCCCCAUUACCAGUUGUCAAGAGUUCCUCUGGGACCGGUCUACUCUCUUGGUGUUAGGGAAUGAAGGUUUUGGGCUAUCCCAUGAGGUCAGAAACCUGUGCCAUAUUUUGCUAACCAUCCAACCUGGGCGGGAGCUCAUCCCAGAAGUGGAAUCCUUGAAUGUCUCUGUGGCUGCAGGGAUCCUUCUCUAUUCCAUCAUCAGCCAGAGGAAAGGGCACGGAGAUUGGCUUCAGAAGGAAACAAGUGCUGUUGCUUGUGACUCUCCACAAUCCUCAACUUCUUCUGAAGAGCCUGAAUCUAGAACCAGCCAAGGCCUAGGGCUGUGGGAGCCAACUGUGGCUGCAGAACCAGCCAAAGCCUAGGGCUGUGGGAGCCAACUGAGGCUGCAGAACCAGCCAAGGCCUAGGGCUGUAGGAGCCAACUGAGGCUGCAGAGCCCAGAUCAGGAAGAGAGGGACCAAAGGGGGAGUUCCCAGAGGGGGGCUGACUUGGAUUUUGGGCCUUUGCUCCAAUUGCCUCUGGGCAUGUGUAUGUGCAAAUGUGUGUGCAUAUCUGUGUACUGGGUUUGAUUGUGGGUUCUUGUUCCCCCACCUCCUAAAUGAAAUGAAGCCUUCUGGAUCCUUUUCCAACUUCUCAAGGCCUUGUCUCUGCUCUUGCCCUAAUGAUUUUGCAGCUGUUUUCUUCCUGAUAGAAUGUAAGCUCUAUAAGGACAAGGACUGUUUUUCUUCUAUUUGUAUGUCAGGACAGUUGAGAACUAGGUGAGUGAUUGUGAUUGUGUACAUGGAUAGGUCCAAAUACCUGUUUGAGUCCUUGAGAAUGUUCAUGUACAGACAAACUAUACCAAUAUGCAUUUAUUCAUAAUAAUUGCAGCCCAAACUGGGAUUCUUCAAUAUAUGGGAAGGAAUUCAUUAUAUUAUCUGAAAAAGGAGAGGUGAUAGCACCUCUUCCUUGAAGGGUUGACUUAAGAAUUAAAGGAAAUGAAUAUGGCAUGGUUUGUUAGAGGAUUGCAAAUUUAGUACUAGAAAGGACCUCAGAGGCUGUCCUAUCUACUCCGUCCAUUCCCAUCCCUGUUGUUGAGGGGAUGAGUUCCAGGUGAUUUCCUAAGACCUCUGAGCCUCAAAGGAGAAGAUAGGAAGAAGAGGAAUCCCUGCUGGUGUAGAAGAAGCACUGACAGAGUGUCAGAACUAGAAGAGACCAUCUCAUCUUAACAGUAUUUUACAAAAGAAGAAACAGGCCCAGAGAGUUAAAGGAGGCCAGACAGCAUAUUUGUUACAGAGUCAGGACUAGAGCUGUUAGUCCUGACUCUGUAACAAAUAUGCUGUCUGGCCUCCUUUAACUCUCUGUUACACAGGACUCCUGUGACUCCUGGUCUGGUGCUCUGAUGUCACCUGCAGAGCCCAACCCACUAGGGAUCCUCCUCAGUCUAGAAAGCUUUGGCCACAUGGAGGCCAAGUAGGUUUGGCUAGAUGCCCUUUUCUUCUUUUCUUCUAUUUUCUGAGAACCAAAAAGACUGCCAGUCAGAGUUUUAAUUUGUAGAUCAUCCCCUUUUUUUCCCCCUUAUUUUUAAAUAUAGAAAUUAUUUUAUACUACUAAUAAUUUCCAGUCAACCACUGCUCACCAAAAGAACUUUUCCUUAUGACCAACAGAGGGAAUUGACAAAGCUGUAUUAGACAAAGUAUUUCCACAAAGGGAUAUAUGUUUCAUUAUCAACCCCCUGAAAUCAAGAUUGGUCAUUUCAUUUAUCUGAUUUCUGAUUUCUGUUAGUGUUUGGAGUUAGUUAGUAUAUGUAAUUUUUUUUCUCUCCUCUUUUGCUUUCUUUACUCUGUAUCAAUUCAUAGACGGCUUUUCCAAUUGGAGUUUUGUGGCACAAGAAUAUUCCAUUAUAACUGUUGGAAUAUAAUUUGUCCACUCCAAACCUGACGUUUCUUUGAAAAUUUGGGUCUUACUACAUCUUCUUCCCCAUCAUCUCCCACCAUUACCCAAAUGAUACAUUGGGAUAUUCUGUCUGUAUUCUAUCCGGGACUGGCUGUUCUCGGUGCAUUUUUUCUCACCACCACAGGCCCUCCUAUGGUAUUUUUCCACAUAGAGAGAAACCUUCUUAUUUUCUCUUUUUUGCUUUUCGAAAUUUUAUAUAUUUUUUCUUUUUUUCCUCUGAGGCAAUUGUAGUUAAGUGACUUGUCCAGGGUCACAUAGCUAGGAAGUGUUAAGUGUCUGAGGCCAAAUUUGCACUCCGAUCCUCCUGACUUCAGGGCUAGUGCUCUAUCCAUUGUACUGACUAGCUGCCCCAUUUUUAUUCAUUUUUUUGUGUUUCAAUUUUAUUUUCCAUUCCACAUUUUCCUCCUCUCCUCCCCCUCACACCCAAUUAAGAAGGCAUGAAAAACAAAACCUAUUCCAAGUAAAUAUAGUUAGGCAAUGCAAACUCCAACACAGCCAUGUCCAAAAAA